UAUAAAUAAAAAGCAUUAUCCUUUGCUCCCAACCCACAAAUAUAUUUUUUCUUAUGUAUGUAUGUAUGCUCUCCAGGUGCGUUCUUUCAAGCCUCUAAUCACACCCUUCUAAUUCUCUCCUUCCAAUACAGAGAAUUCCCUCUGUUUUUCUUCUUUCCUUCUUCCAUUUGGUUCCAUUCGAUCAUCCAGAAGAAAGAGAUUAUGGGGGAAGUUGCAGGAAAUAGCCAUGGUGAUCAACAACAUGUGAUGGUGAUGGGCGGGUUGAGGUUGACGAAGGAGAAGACGAGAUGGGCAAUGGAGGAAGACAAAUUCUUCGAAUCAAGAUCUGCUCUUCAUGGUGGUAAUAAGAAGGAAGAACAGCCGACUUCGUCACAAUCGUCAAUUGGUUCGCCUUCUCUCGACACGUCGUCGUCUUGCUUCUCUGAUGACGACGACGAUGAGGCAUCAUCUUCAUCUUGUUCUCCGACGGCUUCGGCUUCGUCUUCCAAUUCCUCGUCUUCCUCCACAUUGGCUGCCAAGAACAGCGUGAUGAAUGAGAAUGACGAUGAUGAUAAUAACCGCAGCCCUCUUUACGAGCUGUCCGAGCUCAUGUCCCAGCUCCCCAUCAAAAGGGGGCUGUCGAGAUUCUACGACGGGAAAUCGCAGUCGUUCACGUCGCUGGGGAGCGUGCAGAGCUUGGAGGAUCUGGUGAAGAGGGUGCCUUCAGGGAGGAUUCUGAAGAUCAAGUCGAAAUGCAAGAGCUUCUGCUGGGGUUUGGAGAGGCAGAAGAAGCAUUGUUAUGGUCCGAAGCCGGCCAUUUCGAAAAAGGGUGGUGGCUCAAGUUCCAGAGUUUCCUGUUUCUCUUCUCUCGCCAAAACUCCUUCUUCGCCCGCGGUACAGCAUCAAGCCGCCUACUUGCUGUGAAAAGAGUGUGAAAUCCGACCAAGCCAUGUUCAGGUUUCAAUUUUGGCCAAUUGGGUCUUCGUUAUAUUGCCUGUUUAGCCCCAAAGGUACUGGCUUUAUGGCAAAGCACCGGUAGUAGUGAUUUGAGUUUUAUCAUGUCUAUAUGAUUCAUUGGGUCUCUAACUAGGAGGGUAAGAAGAAAGAACCCAGGAAAAAAAAAAAGUGAUCGAUUGUUUGAUUACUUACUAGCUUACUUACUGACCUCUGACACAGAGAGAUAUAUGCUAUGCUAUGGUUUCAACAGAAGUGCAAUUUUGAUUUUGUUCAUUGAUUUAUGAAAAGGGUUCGUUUUGUUUCUUUUCCUG